GACGAUGGUGGUCGGAGCGCAACGCUCCUGCUGGUGGCUUUUCCACUUCCAUCGCGCAGUCUUCUGGCCGGACCGGACGCCGCGAUCUCGCCCCGCACCCGCACGAAAAACCGUCGUCUCCAGCGCGCACGGUCCUACCGAAAACCGCACACGGCGGGCGUUUUCCGGCCGCACGUCACCGUUAAGUUUCGCUCGACGCGAGGUGCUUCGUACCUCUCUCGUUCGUAAUCGCACGAUAUACUUGUGAAUUUGCAUUUCAAGUGCCAGUCGAUGUGAGGACGGUGGGUUUCAUGAGGGAUUAGCGAAAAACGAGCGGAGCCGAGAGAGACAGUGCCAAUAUGCGGGAGAAACGAUGGCUGCUGCUGCUCGCUCUGUACGGAAUACUCUUGGCCCACGCAGUCUCCGCAGCACUCAAGGCCAGGCCAAAAUUUAAGAUUGCGACAACUUCCACGACGACGACGACGACGUCGACUACCACGACCGAGGAGCCUCACGUGGAAGAAAAUGAUCAGGCAAAUUCGGAGACGACAACGGUCGCGGCCGAAACCAACGGAACGACCGGGCACACUCUGACGGGAAUUCCACAGAUCGAUUACAUAUGGGAUCCGAAUCUACCGCGCGAAUUGAACGGCUAUAAUCUGAGCGAUUAUCCAUUCUAUAAUAGUAUACCCGAGGAUAUCGAUUUCAAAUGCGACGGCUUGCACGACGGAUUCUACGCCAGUGUGCCGCACAAGUGCCAGGUCUACCAUCACUGUCUCUUCGGCACUCGCUACGACUUCCUGUGCGCCAAUUUCACGGCGUUCGACCAGAAGACCUUCAUCUGUCACUUCGUGUCCGAGGUCGACUGCGCCAACUCCAAGAAGUAUUGGCACAGGAACGAUGCCCUUUACCAAGCUGCCACGACUACAACGUCUACGACAACUACCGUGGCGCCGGUCACUGCGCCGACGAGUCGAGCGGCUGCGCGUGAUCGUAUUCCACCCAGGAGGAGACCUCCAGCGAGAAGAAGACCCUACGAUUACUACGACGAAGAUUAUUACGACGACGAGUACGGUCGCCCGCGAGACUUCGUCGGCCGAGACGACUACGAGUACGAUGAUCGGAAGUACAGGCGGGAUCGGGAUCGUGAGUUCAGGGACCGGGAUCACGAUCGUGACUUCCGGGAUAGGGAUCCGCCGGCGCGCGGUAGAGACGAUAGGGAUCGAGACGUCGCUAGGGACAGAUACUCGGCAAGAGGAAAUAGGAGAGACCCACCUAGAUCGAGGGACCCGCUGGAGGAUGACUCGAGACCUCGGGCAAGGAACCCGGAUCAAGGUAUCAGAUCUACCUCGAGGGAGGUGGACGAUUCAGAUAUGUAUGACAGACGCCCGGAGUCGAGAAACAGGGAUACCGAUGAACGGAGAUAUUCCGAUAAAAGAUAUAGAGAUGAUUACGACGAUAAGGAAUCCGCCGCACCUUCGGCGAGUGCGUCGUCCAAUGCGGAAGGCCUGGUGAAGCCGGCUGCGCCCAGCAGUUCGGUUUAUUCGAGACCAAGAACGCCACCGAAGAUUAGGCGCCCGGUACCACUUUCGGAGCAAGAUAGAUACGCGUACAAAACCACCCCCAUGCAACCAACAGAGGAGCCACGACGGCGACCAGCGGAUUUGGCGGAGGACGAUUACUACGAUGACGAGUUAGAGGAUGCAAGACCAAGGCGGCCGCUCAGAAGAAGACCCUCGUACAGGGACAGAGACAGGGACAGAGACUUCUAUGAAACUCGGGACCGGGAUCGCCCCCUCAGGACUCGUUAUCACUCACCGCCAGAAGAGGUACGACUCAGGACGCAUCAGGAUCGCUCGAGGGAUCGUUACUACGAUCGAGACAGGGACCGAAAUAGGGACCGAACUCUCGAUCGUGGAAAAGAUCGUGGUCCCGAGAGAUCCUCGGAUCGCGAUUCACGAGGAAGAUCGCCAGAUUCCGACAGACAAGAGCGACCGUACUCGCCUCGACUUCUCGAUCGCGAGAGAGAUGCCGAACGACCGCGAUCUUCCUCGAGAUCGAAGGAUUUGUCGGACACCACUGAAGUAACGAGAAGACCGAAUUCUUAUGAUCGGACAACCGAGAAGAGUACCACCACCACCACAACUACGACAACUACAACGACUUGCUUACCAGAACAGCUUAUUCGUAAGCCUGAUGAAGACUCUAAAGAUACGGUGACCGAUCGAUCGGAAAAGCCAUCUUAUCCGGAACGACCGGCCAGACCUAUUCAGACUCAAAGUGGUCGCGUAGUAGGCGAUACUCAGGAUUAUCAGAGAAAUUUGUCCGAGAAAUCUCAAAGACCGUCUCAGCAAGUAGAUUAUCAAGAUAGAGACCUGGAAGGUAGAAACGAACAGAGUCAUCAUCAGAUCGCAUACCCGGAUGAGUACUCUUCCGAGUAUUACGACGAGCCAUUGGAAGAGCCACCGUCUCCUCCUCCACCUCGAACCACCGUUCGAAUCGUGAAGAGACCAUUCCUACCGUCUCGAGGCGGUAAUCCUAAUCCGAGGGGAUUAUCGCCGGUCGGCUCCAAAGCACUGCAGUCGCCCAGAAGAGACGAAGAAACGACAACCGAUCACCGAAGCACUUUAAGCGAAAACGAAUACAGGGGUUACUAUAUACGAGAGGAACAAGAAGACGAUAAAAACGUUAAUCAGCAAGAGCCACCUCUGAGAUCGGACAAUAAACAAACCUAUGACGCUUACAAAGCCAUCCAGAGUGAUCUUCAGAAGAAACAACGCCAGGAAGAGUACGAUAGCGCGAUAUCCAGACCAGCGCUACGAAAACCGAUAGAGAAAAACAACGAGGAGGAAGUCUCGAGAGGUCAGGAAGAUCUAUUGAACUCGUCUAGAGGACACUCCACUCAAAAUCAAUCAUACGAUUUGCGUAAUCAUCAAAAUGAGAAUCCAACGCCAAAGUGGAUAGAAAAUUACUCGAGUGAAAAGCACGCAAAUGCGCAGACAUCUUCAGGUUCUCCAAUCCGCAGCAAGGUGAGACUUCCUUCCGUCGAGACCACGUCGAACAUUUACAGCUCAACGUACAGAAACGAUGACAUUCAGGAUCAACCGUCAGGACCAGGCAGCUACAGAGCAAAACAAAGGAUCAACGAAGUGACGCAUCAGCUUCAAGAUAUCCCCGAGAGCGAAUACGACGUUACUUUGAAUGAUGCCCUGACGCCGACCUUGGUUCAGGAAGCCAAUUUACCGAGCGGAUUUGUCCUACCUCUUCACAGACAACUGGGUAGAGACACCGUGUUACAGCCCUCCGAGAAUAACUACAAGCUCUCCAGGCCGAUCAAUCAGCAGCAGCAGCAGCAGCAGCAGCAGCAGCAGCAGCAGCAGCAGCAACAGCAACAUCAACAACAACAUCAACAUCAACAAAAAUCGUUCGUUCCGAGUCCCCAGUUCCUGCCGACGAGCAUCAACAAUAACGAUCGGGGCCGAACGGUAUAUUACAGGACGCCGGAGGCUAUACAGGUCAGCGGAGCGCAAUACAGACAGCAGAGACCAUGGCAAGAUUACACGGCGUACUAGCGAGAUACACAUCGUGAUGUACCGAUUACGAAUGUUACGAGGAUGCGUUUGAAGUUUCACGAGGCGUAUCAUCUUGCCUCACGAGCGCUAAACGACUAAUUUAUACUGCCACCGAUCGACUUGGGAAAGACACUUUCAUGGAAGAGAAACACCGCGUUCUUUUAUGAAACUGGCUUUCCGCGAACGGAACCCAUCGCGUUCGACCCUUAGCCCUGUUGCAAUCAGAUGAUCAGUGUCUUUCAUCCCAAAGAACGCGCGACGCACCCGUCGCGCCGCUCUGAGGGUAGAAAAUAAUCUGCGGACGAUUCAGUUAGGUAUUAAUAGCUCGCGUGAUUUCGAGACGAUAUAAAUUAUUGAAAAUUAGAGGAUUGAAAAAGGGACGAGAGAUUAUUGUCAAUCGCGAAGUGGCGCUACGCCAUGCCUUUGGAAAAUUAAUCAUAACAAUAGUCAGAGAAUAAGAUAUUAAUCAUCCUGAUACGCAUCGAUACUCAUUAUUAUUCACGCGUACUGCGAUGCAAAGCAAAGGCAGGAUUAAUGUUCAACGAUAACACCGAUCAUAGAUAAUUCGUUCUGAGAUUUUCGCUAGAGAAAUUCUGAAUGACAACUAGAUCCAUUUAAAAUGACGUAGCACUACACGAAUAGUGUAGCAAAUGUUACUUAGUAAACUCGUUUCCUCUGAACGGAGGAUACAAUAACGGAACUUAAAACGUGAUAAGUUUUAACAGUUUAACUUACGAUAUUAAUACAUGUCAUUCAUAUUAAUCGAAAUCGUCACUGUAGUUUCAGAGGUACCGCAAAAGAUAUCCUCAUUUGCCUUAAUUAUAAACAAACUUGUAAAUAAUCGUGUAACUCUAUACCUUAUGCACAUUCGUUCAAAUUAAAUUGCGAUUUGAAAUACAUGAUUCUUUAUGAAAAAAAAAUAUAUAUCUAUACAUUAAGUUCUAUCGUCGAAUUCGAUAGUUUAUUACUAGCGGAUAAGUCUUCCUGAGCGUAUAUCUUGUCUUAAAGCUAUGUCGAUAUUUACGUAUGAUAUAAAAAGAGUGAGGAAAUA